AUGUCUCUUCAGUCGGAGGUGGAGAAGUUGCCACCGGAGGAGCGCCGGAAGAUAGGCGAGUUGACCAGGACAAAAGGUGAUCAACAACUGCAAUCGAAAAAUGCCAAUGGGCCAGACGCUUCGACGGCAUGGAUGUAUGAGCAGCCGAAAGGCAAUGCUGAGGACUUUUUACUGGGCAAGGCCAUUCGCAGUCUGGAGGAGUUGACGGAGAUCAAUCGAGACCAGGAGGAGGAGACCCCGACCCAACGGCUUACUCGUCUAGAUAUGGAGGCCAAGUUUCGAGAGGAUCCGCUCAAUCUCAUGCGGCAACACGAGAUGGAUAAGAGAAGCGCACUUCUGCAGAACACCGCGAGGAUGAAGAAGCUUCAGCGUUUGUCUGAUAAAAAACCCACAUCUUCAAGACAUUUAUCACCAGUGCGAAAGCUUCAAGACCCAUCUUCUGAAGGUCCUUUAGCUAGCUCGGAUGAUCGACCUCGACGUGGAUCGAAAUCUAUGUCGGGAACUAAGGCUCUCAAAGAUCGUGGCGAUUGGAAUCGGCGUGAACCGAGAUCCAAAUCUCCUCAAUCCCCUCGCUCCAAUCAACACUCUCAGAAGGCGUCACAUGUAGGUUCUUUGUAUUGUACCGAUAAACGCAGAUCGAGGUCCAGGUCCCAGCAGAAGGCUGACGAAUGUCGCACCGGCGAUAGAACUCGGCGUCGAUCGAGAUCCAGAUCCUUUGGUGGUGCUGCACGUCAACAUCGGUCGCUGCAAUCUCAUUCACAUCUUCAGGGCCGCCAUAAGCGGAGCUCGAGAUCCAGAUCGUUUGAGCAAAGUCACCGUAGAGGUGCGCGUCGUUGGACACAGGAGGAGAUGGCAGUACUAAGGGCGCAGAUGGCGGCAGACGCAAAAGAACGCGAAGCGGAGCGGCAGCAGCGCUUUGAAAAACAUCGGGCGGAGACAGCAAGGGAGGAGAAGGUGGAGGGAGAGGCCAGGGCUAAACAUGGGGCCUCAUUUCUUCGGGGUCUUACUCUGGACCAUGUGGCUUCCACAUCAGUGGAAGAGGGUGUUCAGAGGAAUGCAAAAUCGAGGCAACGGGGUGGGAUGAAUGAGAACUUUUUGAGAAGAUGA